GCAAAAAUAUAUUACAUUUUCGCAGAGUUAUGUAAUAUAUGUAGAAAAGAAAUAGAUAUGUGACAUGAGAUAUGUAAAGCAUGUCUCGCUAAGAAUUCCUUUUAAUAACACUUUGUGUUAUUAAAGUUACACAGUUCGGAGUGCGCCUCCUACAUUUUUCGGCAAGCGAGACUACUAAUUCCGAGAAGACGAUGACAAUGAUCCCAUCGCGAUUCCCUCUUCGCUCUACUUGCAGCGGGAUCUUUCUUUCCACCUUCCGAUUGCGGUUAUGUUCGGACAUGUCUGCGCGGGAACGUGAUUCACCUCUUUUCAUCAAUUCGUGAUGGAGACUACGCGUUUCGGUAGAUUCGCUAAAAACCGAUGGAAAGCGCGCGUUUUGAAACACGAAAAUCAUUGGCGAUGGUGAUUGAUGGUUGCAUUAAGAUUCAGUCGCAUGUCUCACAUAUGCGCUGACGCACACAUUUAAUAUAUAUAUCACCCAUGUAUAUAUCACAUGUUAGCUAUGUAUAUAAAUGGAGUAGCUAUAUAUAUAUAUGUAUCUGCAUGUGCAGAGUAUCAGAGUGUUUAAUACAGAGUUUAGAAUGUCCAAUGUCUUUUAUCAGAAUGUGUUAUCAUUAGGUGUAUUUGCGAUUUUGUACCUGAUACCAUCGUCAUCGGUAACCUAAGAUGAAUGAAGAGACCUCACCAAAGAAAUCAUGCAUUUCUCCAACUAUCUCCAAGUCUCAGGAUCAUGGCUUGAAAAGUGGGCUAGUCAAGACAAAAGCCGUACGAAAGGUACAAUUAAAGGACGACUUCAAUCCAGAACUGGAACCACUGCUGCAAGAAGGUCCAAAUCGUUUUGUAAUUUUUCCUAUUCAAUAUCCUGAUAUCUGGGAGAUGUAUAAAAAGGCUGUAGCCUCUUUUUGGACCAUAGAAGAAGUACCUCUUCACAAGUUGGACAAGAAGGAUUGGGAUGAAAAGCUGAAUUCCGAUGAGAAAUAUUUUAUCUCUCAUGUCUUGGCAUUCUUCGCCGCUUCCGAUGGUAUCGUCAAUGAGAAUCUGAUUGAGAGGUUCAGUCAGGAAGUGAAAAUCGCCGAAGCACGUUGUUUCUACGGCUUCCAAAUUGCCAUAGAGAAUAUCCAUUCUGAAAUGUACUCUUUGCUCAUUGAAACUUACAUAUCCGAUCCGAAAGAAAAAGAUUUCUUAUUUAAUGCGAUCGAGACGCUUCCGUGUGUAGGGAAGAAAGCCAAGUGGGCAUUGAACUGGAUUAAUCAUGAGAGUGCUACAUUUCCAGAACGUGUAAUCGCAUUCGCGGCAGUCGAGGGUAUUUUUUUCAGCGGCAGUUUUGCGGCUAUCUUUUGGCUGAAGAAACGAGGAGUCAUGCCAGGCCUCACUUUUAGCAACGAACUCAUCUCACGAGACGAAGGAUUACACUGUGAUUUCGCAUGUUUAAUAUUUAAACACAUCAUACAAAAGCCGUCGUUUGAACAUGUAAAAUCAAUCAUAAUGGACGCUGUGGAAAUCGAAAAGGAAUUUUUAACGCAAGCGUUGCCAGUCGAGCUGAUAGGCAUGAAUUGCUCACUUAUGUGCAAUUAUAUUGAAUUCGUCGCAGACAGAUUGUUCGUUGCAUUAGGAUUUGAAAAAGUUUAUAACUCGGAGAAUCCAUUCUCGUUCAUGAAUUUUAUCUCCUUGGAAGGCAAGACGAAUUUCUUCGAGAAGAAAGUGGGCGAGUACAAGAAAUUUGGAGUAGUGGAGGAAAGUUCUCAAAAGAAAAGCAGCACGUCAAGUGUGGUAUUUAGUGCAAAUUUUUAAUGCAAAAGUUUGAAUAUAAUACAAACGAAAAAUAUUGCAUACACUCCUCGAGGGAGAAAAAGAACACAUCGAUAAUUUUCUGCGACUUUGAAAUCAUUUUAUAAUAAUGAUUUUUGAAAAAAAGAAUCUUUGACAAAUAUUCGCGAAAAAGACGAAAAAAUAUUUGUAUAGUGUUUUGUAUAGAAUAUAUAUAAAUUGAUGGCAUCAAUAAGAAAGGUAUUGCAAUCGCAUUUUUCUAUAUUUUUAGUUACAAUGUAAUUUCAAAAAAGUUAUUUUAUCAGUGAUAUACUUCGAAAAAAGUGUAAUUUUAUUCUAUGAGGUUUUUAAUCUAAUUUUUAUAUUUAAUUUUUAUUAUUACUGAUAAAUGAAUAAGAAAAAAAAUUGUACAAAAAAUCUAAAAAGUUUAUCUAUGAAGUUUAUCUAGAAUACUUUUCAAUGGUGCCGUCGAAUUGACAAGCUUUUGAGAAGCAGACCAUGUUUAUCAAAAUUUUUAAUGUACAGAGUGUUAUAAUUAAAACUAAUUCUAAUUUAUUAUAUAAGAAACUAAUCACCAAUAUUUGACAUUUUUGAAGUAUGAUUUUUUACAAUUUGAUUGCAAUUUAUAAUUGAACAAAUCAAUUAAAAAAACUAGACAAUAUUCAUUUCUUAUCCAAAUGCUAAGAUAUAAGAUACAAAUUUUUGUUAUGUUGAUUGUUCCGUUAUAAAAUCUCACUAAUCAUCAUUAGGUUGAACAUAUAAAAAAAACUACAUAAUUUUAGGUAAAUAAUUAUAUAUAUAGAGUCUCAAUUACUUUAAAACUUAAUAAAGCUACUUAAAACAGUAUUUGUAUAGAUAAGUCUGCAUAUAUGUAUAGAUAAGUUUGCAUAUAUGUAAACAGUAACUGUGUGGCAAUGAAUUUAAUUGAGAAAUAAAACUGCCUUUAAACUUUAA